UGGUUUGCAAUGUCCAGCUUUUGAUCAACGAUAGUUUUUCUUCAAUGCCAAGCCAAACAAGAGUCGUGGGCGUGGUCGCGUGGAACGAAUGAGAGAGAAGCAGAACGGGACAUGCAAACCGUGUGCCCCGAUGUCCACGUCAUCCGUUCCCGCCGUCCCAGCCACUUGCGACACGUGGCACGACAUGAUGAUAAUGAUGACGACGAUGAUGAACACGAUGAUGGUGACGAUUACGGUGGUGAUGUUGAUCUGGGCGACGAUGUCGUUGACGAUGAUGACGAUGUUGAUGGCGAUGAUGAUGUCGAUGAUGAUGUUCGUGAUGAUGAUGAUUGUGAUGACGACGAUGAUGAUGAUGACGAUGAUGAUGACGAUGUUGAUGAUGGUGAUGACAACGAAGAGGACGAUGGUGGUGAUUUUGAUGACGGCGACGAUGUCGCUGAUGAUGAUGAUGUUGUUGAUGACGUUGAUGAUGUUGAUGAUGAUGUCGAUGAUGAUGACGAUGUUGAUGACGUUGACGAGGUUGAUGAUGAUGUUGUUGAUGAUGAUGAUGAUGUUGAUGAAGAUGAUGAUGAUCACGAUGACAAUGAUGGUGAUGAUGAUGAUGAUGAUGAAGAUGAUGACGCUGAUGGUGGUGGCGACGAUGAUGGUGAUGAUGGGGGCGAUGAUGAUGAUGAUGAUGAUGGCAAGCAAGAAUCACAGGGCCGCUUGCGAGGAAAGAACGAGCGAGAAUCAGAAGGGGACAUAGAAACCCUGUGGCCCAAUGUCACCGACAUCCUUUCCCUCCGUCCCCGCAACUUGAAACAGGUGGCGUGGCGCGGCCGCUCCCAUGGGCCGGCAAACAUGCCCGACACGAGGGCAGGCAGAACAACACUUUACCUUGAAGAGGGCACAACGCACACGAUGGCGCUGCUCUUUGACGGCUCACAGCAGUCGUCGAUGGUUUUACAUGAAAAAUGUGUACGGUUCGAAGGGGAACGUCGUCACCGGUGCCAAGGGGGCAGUUCUCGACAUGUGUCUGUUCGAGGGGUUCGGAGCGGGUGCUGCGAACACCCCGUUCUACAACGACCUCCGGCGGCAGGGCGGUUUGUUUUGGGUCGAGAGUUCUUCGACCUGUCGGAGGACAAGGGCAUCGCCCUCGACGUCCCUUGCGAAGUCGGUCCCGACCUGGAACUGUCAAUGCCUUUGCAGUCGUGCGGCGGUUGUGAGUCGAGCGGGGCAGCGGGGGAGGGGGGGGAUCUGGGUUCCGGGGAGGCUACACAUGUGCAGCGGGAGGAUGUCAGAGGUCAGUUUGACGAUAGCGAAGAUGAGGCGACACCGCGUCCGCCGUUUUCGCCGUCGAGGGAAAGAGACAGACUGAAGAGCCGGGAAGUCGCACUUGCCGAAGGCGUCGUUCAAAUUAAAUGGAAAGACACGGGGGACGUGACAUCCAUCGCGCCGUUCGCCAACGACCCUUUAGAGGCGGACAUCAGGGGCGCGGAGCUGAAGGAGGCAGUGGCUGCCACAAAGAGCCACACGUUCGUCCUCGAUCUCUGCGAGCCGGGCAGCGUCUACGGGGAUAUGGAACGCAAUCCGACCCAAUUCGUCGGUCUUCUUGAUUUUCUUGGCAAGAAGGGAGAGGGUGUCGUGUUCCUUGGGAAACCGCAUGCGCGAAGCGUCUGGGAGCUUCUGAAGGCCGGCCGGCACGUUGUCGCAAUGGAAGGGAACUCCGACCUCUUGCAAUUCACGAUGCAGGUGGUGAAAAGCGAGGUCAAUUCGAGUGGGCACAAUUGUGAGUUCAUGGUCGUGAGGCCAACACGGGAUAAGUCGCUGUACUUCGUGGAGUCCGAGGAGCAGUUGAAGUUAGCCAGUUACGCUUCCCUGAUCUCCACUGACGACGAGGAAGUCAUAGGUGUGGAGUUUGUUGCCAACGCGAAGGAGGAGGAGAGCGACACGCAGAGCAUUGACCUGCAGUACGACCCGCGUCCGGCGGACCACGGCCGAGGGUCCUCGUCGGCCGGUCCAUCACCAAGCGCUGCAGCCCUCGUGUCACCAUUGACCAAACCGGCGCCGGGCACCACGCCGAUGAAGUUGCUAGAGAGACUUAGAGCUCUGGCCGCCCCCCCGCGCGCUUUGCGUCCCGGGUCCGUUGUCCCGCCCGAUCAUCCGUCUUGGAAGGAUGACAACAUCCACUUCCUGCUUGAACCGCAACAUCAUUCACCUGAGCAGGACUGGGGCCAUGACAUGGUUUGGCAUCCGGGAGUCAUCCAGCCAGCGAUACGAAAUGGCGAGUGGGUCAUGGCCGUGGCAAUCCCGAGCGCGGGAUGGGUGUCAUUCCCACGCGAGUCGAAGUCCAACUUCCUGCUCCUCGCCAGGAUUUCAAUCCUCCAGAAAGUGAAGGUCGAAAAUGACACUUUAGCACCCGGUGACCUGUCCCUCAUUUCCACUGCCGGUCGACUGUUUGACGAGCGUCAGGACAAGUGCUGGUUGGAAUUGACGGAGGACUACUACGAGCUCGACACGAGUCCGUCGAAGGGCGUGGUGGACUGGAAAGUGCCCCCUCCCAGUGGACCGAAUGGUGGUUCCGGGGGGGGGUCACCUGGAAGCGGAGGGGAUGGGGGUGGCGACGUAGGGGGUGGCAAAGGAAUCCCACCUAUGGGGGAGAGAGGGUCUCACGGCCGCAACACAACACCGGGAGGCAGCGCCGGGGUGGCGGGUUUCGCCGUCGACCGGACUCCGUCGACAGGCACCCGGCCCGAGCACACGACACACUCCGCCGACCCCCAGACUUCGUCCGUGGGCUCAASGAGGGACACGUUGGCAGCCUUGGUUGCUCUGGGCAGUCGCUCGGCCGGAAAGCCGAAGUCCGCCGGGAUCCAAACUACGUCGGGUGAGGAGCCGCCAGAGCGGUCCGGAAUGCGAAGCUGCUCGGGGUCGGGGGAUCCAAGCACGGAUCGAGAAUUUCGCAGCAUUGCGGCGCAGGACGGAGACUUCGGAACGGUGUCGCCUGAGCGGGAGCGACGGCCGCAAGGAUUGCAGCGGGAGGCUGCAAGUGCAGGGUCCGGCGACACGGAGACCACGAAGUCCGUCGAGAUCCGAACUUCUUCGGGYGGGGUUUGUCGGCCAGGGAUUGUCGUGCCGUUGAGAGGGGCAGCGUGCACGGGGACGGAAGGGCGGUCCUCGCGAUUCGGCAUGGGUACCGCGGAAGGGGACGAGUUUCGUGGGAGAGAAGUAGGGGAGGAAAUGGAGGAACAAAAGGGAGCGCAAAAAGGGGAGGAAGAAGGGGAAGAAGAGGUGGAAGGGGAGGAAGCGGGAGAAACGGAGCUAAUUGAUUUGUUUGAAGGAAGGGAGGGUGCCGGGUCUGGAGAAGAUGGAGUGGAACGCAGUGAGGACGAUGCCGGAUCUGGAGAGUCGUCUGACGAGUUCGGACAACUGUACGGAGAGCAUCACGAGGAUGAUGUCGACGACGAUGCCACGGCAAUAGAGAUGGAGACACAAGUGGUCAGCAACCUUUCCGCAGAGCCUGAAGAUUAUGCGGUCCGGCCACUGACGUCUGCUGUCGACUUGCAGCACCGGUUCGACGAGGCUUCCGUCGCUAUCAGCCCGUCUCAAAAAAUUCGACGUAUAAGCAUCGACGAAGUUAUCGACGGUAUCCUCAGUGACCACAACGUGUUUGCCCGCCCGUCCGCAACUGCCAACGUCGCAUCUUCCGUGGCAGCUGCCCUCGCUUCGUCGCCGCCGAAGUCUCUGGUGCUGCAGGCCACCCUUGCCGCCGAAGGAAAGGCGAGUGCGGUGGAGGACAGCAUGUGACGUCCCCAAAAAAAUCGAGGUUCGACGGUCAGACUCUCGACGUGCUCGCUUUGCCAGCGCCAAAUUCACCAUC